AUGUCGAGGACGCGAGAGCCGAGUGGCUCUUCUACCCCAAACACAACAUCCGUACAGGUCGCCGUUCGAAUUCGUCCGCUCACCACAGCAGAUCAGAGCAACAUCCCUCCGAGAUGGCAGAAGACCAUCCUCACCGCCAACUCCACUAGCAGCGUCACCGUCGAGCCAGGCUCGGCACCUCCGCCAGGGCCAGGUGCCGGAAGCGCCUCUUCGUCUGCCAUCACACGCGAAAGGCGCCAGGCGUUCAGCUUUGAUCGCGUCUUCUCCCCGGCUGACGGCCAACCUGAAAUCUUCACCGUAGCGGAACCCUUGAUCGACCGUUUCAUCGAAGGCUACAACGUCACCAUCCUAGCCUACGGACAGACUUCGAGUGGAAAAUCGUACACCAUGGGCACCGCUGCGGGAGACGAAGUAGACUACGAGGGGCUCGUUGCCGGACGCGCCGCCGAUCCUCAGAUGGGCAUCAUCCCACGUGCCGUCGCCCGCAUCUUUUCUGCCAUGCGUCAGAACAAAUCUUCCGGUACUCAAUACAGCGCCAAGGUUAGCUUCAUCGAGAUCUACAACGAAGACCUCAUCGACCUGCUUGGCGAUGCCGUCGAUGGCGAGGCUAGACCGCACGUCCAGAUCCGAGAAGGCAAGAAUGGCCAGAUCAUCUGGAGUGGUUUGCGCGAAGUAAAGGUGUCCAACGUCGCAGAAGUCAUGAAUCAUCUGCUCCAAGGUAGCUCGGUGCGCAGGACCAACGAGACCGACAUGAAUGCCCAGUCUUCCCGUUCGCAUGCCAUCUUCUCCAUCACCUUGACCCAGAAGAAGUGGGUCGGCUCAGGCCCUCCUCCCAACGCCGCGCCCCCGUCGAGCUUUGGCGGUCGAUCUACGCCAGGCGGAAGAGCCGUCUCGAAUUUGUCACGCGCCUCCGGUAUUCCCAUCGCAGGUCGUGUCGCGUCGCCUUCGUUCGGUCGAAGGACACCAAGCGGCAUCCCCGCGUUGAGCGGACGCAACUCGUCCAUCGGCCUUCGUCCGGCCAGCGUCUAUGGCGAUGCCGCCGACGACUCCAUGAGCAGCUCGUCGACCGACGGUGAGUGGGUCACCGUCAGCAGCAAAUUCCACUUUGUCGACCUGGCCGGCUCGGAGCGCCUGAAGCGUACCGCUGCCAUGGGAGAGCGCGUCAAGGAAGGCAUCUCAAUCAACUCGGGUCUCCAUGCGCUUGGCAACGUAAUUUCGGCGCUCGGCGAUCCUGCCAGGGCCAAACGAACAACGCAUAUCCCCUACCGUGACAGCAAGCUUACUCGACUGCUCCAGGACAGUCUCGGCGGUAACGCGCACACCCUCAUGAUCGCCUGUGUUUCGCCUACCGAAUACAACGUCAGCGAGACCGUCAACACGCUCCAGUACGCCAACCGUGCCCGCAACAUCAAGAACAAGGCCGAGCUCAACGAGGUCGAAGUAGGCUGGGACGACGUCGACUACCUCCAGACGCUCGUCCAACGCCUCCGCAAAGAGCUUAGCAUCAUUAAGGGUGUCAACAAGGGCAUCGUCGAUCUGGACGAUCCUCGCAACAAGGAUGCCACCCGCACCACGCAACGCGAGAUACUUGCGUGGCAAGACAAGUACGCCACCCUCAGCCAGAAGCACACCCAGCUCACCGCCGAGGUCACGCAGCUGCGCACCCAGCUCGACCCAUCCAAGCAGGACGGCACUGAGCAGGACUUCUUCCGCGCCGCAGAGCCCAUCAUUGUCGAGUACGAGAAGUCUAUCGACGCACUCGAGGGGCAGCUCAACCUAACAAAGGCGGCACUCGCCUACGUCGAGGACAUAGCCAACGAGCGCGAGGCUCAGAUCGAGCAACAGUCGAGCCAGCUCGAGAUCAUCGGCGGAGAGCUCGAAGAGAAGGAAGCCAGCGUCGCCGAUCUGCAAUCCCGCUUGAACAAGCUGCAAGAACGCGAAUCGUCUGCAGAGGUCUACGCGCGCGAGCUGGAAGCGAGACUCGAAACGAUCGGCUCGCGUGGCGACACCGACUCUGCCGUCCUUGCAGAGCUGAACAAGGAGAUUGCCCGUCUCAAGGAGGUCGAGAUCUCGUCCGAGAAGUACAUCCGCGACCUCGAGGCCAAAUUGGCGUCGUCGGAGGAAUCGUCAGCGAGCUUGACUCGCAAGAUCGCACAGAUGGAGGCGAAUGUUGAGAAGCGCGACGAAGACUACCGCAAUCUGCUGUCGCGCUUCGAAUUGCUCGACAACGGUCAAGAGACUCGUGCAAUGGCUGCCGAAUUGGAGGCCAAGGCUGGCGAGGUUCAGCAGCUCGAGUCUCGUCUGGCAGACGCUGCUGCAAAGCACCAGAGUCUGGCUUCGCGUUUCGACAGCCUCUCUGCACAGCACGAGCAGCUUUCCAAGGCUAGCGACGGGCACGAGCAGGAGAAGAAGUCGCUCUCGGCCCAGAUCAAAGAGUUGCAGCUCGCUGCCGCAGCAGGCUUGGCAGCCGGCGGCGUUGGAGGCGCCAUUCUAGGCGCUGCCUCCAAUGGUGCUCACGAAGAUGGAGACGAUCAGGAUAAGGGCGUCGCGACACCUCCUCCGACACAGGACGAUGCAUCAGUCAAAGAGCUCGAGCAGCGUCUUACCAGCCUUCAGGAAGAGAUGCGAGCGACUCGCGACUCUGAGUCCAGCAUUCGCACCGAGCUCGAGUUGACCAAGCAAAAGUACAAGGAGUCGCUCGCCGAGAUCAAGGAUCUUCACUCCCAGCUCACCGACCUCAAGCUCAACGACGGCGUCUCCUCCAACACGGAGCUCGACUCGUUCAAGCUGGACAAGGAUGCUGGCGACGAAGAGCAGCUCGAGGUGCUAGACUCGAACGGAGAUGAAAAUCAGCCACCUGGCACUCCCAACCGCGGCAACAACCUCCAGCAAAGAGGUCUGUCCGGUCGCCGCCCUGGCAGCUUGCUCAUCGACACCACCAACCGCCAGACGCCCAGUCCUACGAACCGCCUCACUCGCCGCUCUUCCGGCUCUUUUUUAGGCUACAACAAGAGCGACGGAACGAGAUCCGCAGCGAUCUCGCCGCUCGCUCACGGUCGUACUCGAUCGAUCUCGCAAUCUUCGUCGCUGGACUUUGCAUCGGCCUUGCCUUCGCAGCUUUCGCAACCGACGCGGGGUCCAAGGCCGCUCUCGUUGACCGGGUCAGUGCCACCCUCGCCUACGCUCAAAGCCUUCGAGCCCGAUUCGCCGGCGAACUAUGAACGCAAGGUGGCGUCGCUCGAAAAGGAGACGAUGCGUUUGCAAGAGGCGCUGAAGGACCGCGAUGAUGAGAUUAGGGCUCUCGAGACGUCGUUGCGCGGCAAGAGACAGUCUGCGGGAGGAGUUGUAGCCGCAGACGCGGAAUAUGCAGAUGAGGAGGGACAGACGCUGCUCGCCCCCGCCCACGCGACGGUCAACGGCGUUGGUGCCGGCGUUCUGACUCCUGGUACGGAGAAGGAAUUGGAAGCAGUUCGACAGGCAAUGACGCGCAGCACUGCUGCGGAUGGUACCAGCAACGACUCGAACGGCGCUCAGAUGCUCGACGAUCUGAUGCGGUCCAUGGCACGCAAGGAGACCCAGCACCGCGAAACGGUCGAGUCAAUGGCUGCCGAGCUCUCUGCGCUUCGAAAGCAGAACGAGACGCUCGAGGCGUUGUCGAGAGAUCAGGUGGCCAACAUGUCACGUGAGAUCGAGGAGCUGCGUGCUCAGCUGGCCUCCAAGUCUGCAAACGCUCUGCCAACCGCAGUGAGUUCGGGCAGCGUCCGCAGCCUUGCUGAUGAGCUGAACGAUGCGUCUGCCGCCGAGAAAGGGGCCGCCGAGGCCAUGCCAGCCGUGGACGUGGAACGACUCAAGCAGGAGCACGAAGCUGCGAUCGAAAGCCUGAAGCAAGUGCACCAGUCGAACCUCGAUCAGCUUGCCCAGAAGCACGCAGAGGCUCUUCGCAGCCUACCAGCUUCCACUUCAACUCGAUCCAUUCCUGGAGGUUUCGACGAUGCUGAAGAUGAUCACGACGAGGUCCUGGCAAAUCUUCAGCAGGACCACGCUCAAAAGAUUGCCAAGCUGAAGGAGCAGCACGACGACACGCUUUCCAAAGCAUUGGAGGCACAGACCGCGCAGCAUCAGAGCAUCGUGGCUGAUCACGAGGUCAAGUUGGCCAGCGUCCAUUCGGAAGCAAAGCGAAAUCUGGAAGCUGCUCAGCAAGCUCAUGACGCCCAGUUGCAAACUUUGCAAGGAGACCACUCGAAGGCACUGCAAGAGCUCAAGAUGGAACUGGAAGCGCAGCAUCUUUCGGCGUUGUCUGUAGCAGCACGCGAGGCCGAGGAAGCCGCUACUGCCAAGCACACUGCAACUCUGGAGGCGCUGCAGAAGGAACACUCUGGCACCGCGUCUCAGAUGCAAGGGCAGCUGAUCGCACUCAAAACCGAGCACCAAAGUACGCUGGACAAGGUCAAGGCAGAGCACGCAUCCAAGCUCGACCGCAGCAUGCUGGAUCUGCAGAUCGUCAACAGCGACCGAGACGAGACACGCCGUGCCUACGAAGAGCUGUACGCCAAGCACAAUGACCUGCUCACCAAGAUUGACAUCGACCCGCACGAGGUCGAAACGCUGCGCGCCGAGCUCAACGACACGAGCGAUGCUCUUGUCACGCUCGAAGCUGCGCUGACCGAGGUGCAGGAGGAGCGCGACCAGCUGCUGAUCGAGAUCGAGUCGAUCCGGCAAGAGUCGGAGGCGCAGCAACAGGAUGCUUCGACCGUGUCGAGCGCCAGUGGUUCCCGAAGCGCAGCAAUGCAGACUCCUGCGGACGCGGCGCUGAAGCGCGAGUUGGAAUCGCACAAGUCGAUGCUGUCCAAGACGCGAGGCGACAUGUCGAAGCUCAAGUCCGAGCUGCAGGCGGCGCGAGACGAAUGCAGUCGCCACGAACAAUCGGUGAAAGAUUUGCAGAUACGCCUCGCGACGUCUGAAACUCGAUCGGUGCGUUCUCUGGGAAGUGACAGUUUCGGACAGCAGAGUCAGAGCGAGCACGACGCAGUCUCUGCGGCAGCAGCGACUGCAGGAGCAGCAGCGCUCGCGAACGGAACACGCUUGUCACUCAGCGCGCGACGAGCCUCGGAUUACGACGGGCACAGUCCGGUGGAUCUGCGACACCAUCGACCAAGCAUGGGAUCGGUCAAGCCUCCACCGCCGACGCCUCCGCCCAACAUGCCGCCUCCUCCGACACCGACGAGCAACGGGGCGGGUGCGCGUGCAUCUGCGGGACACCGCACUUCGACGUCUUCGCAGAUGACGCGGGCCGAUUCGCCCUCGAACGCGGGUGCGGGCAUGAUGACGCGUUCGUCCUCCAUGACGUCCACCCACUCGCCCGCCGGCAACGUCUCGAGCAACGGGAUCAGCGCGGACGUCAAGCUGACCCGCCUGCUUUCCGAACAAGCUGAAGAGAUCAAGAACCUCGCCAAGCAGCUCAACCACUGUGAAGCGGAUCUUCAGGCCAACAUCGAUCUGGUAGCGACGCUCGAAGCUGCUCUCAACGACAGCGAACGCAACCUUCGAAAGAGCCGUGUGCAGCUGGCCGAGGUGACGCGGGAGCGGGAGAGGUAUGCGGAGGAGGCGAAUGCGAUGCGCACGCAGCUCAACACGGCACAGUCGGAGGUGGAGAAUGUGCGGAACAGCGUGAUGCUGGAGAAGCAGGGGUAUGAGAGCAAGAUCGAGGAGGAGAGGCAGGCCAAGGAGAGGGCGAGGAAGGCGUUGGAGGCGAGGUUGGAGGAGGUUAGCAAGAGGAAGGGUAGCAAGCUGUUCUGCUUGCUCAUCUUUGCCCACAAGAUCCUUACCGUCCUGUUCCUCCUCAGUACAGUAGGAUGGAUUGUAGCCUUCAUCGGUCAGAUUGCCGCUGAAGCCGGCUCGGGUGGCCGCCAAGGUGUGCUUUGGUUCGCCAUCUUCCUCCAACUCUUCCUCAUCAUUGGCAAAUACCUCGGCGUCAUGACCGACUCGCUCGGCUCCUCGCGACUCCAGCUCACCGCCUUUACCGCCGUCGCACUCGUGUUCUCUGUCACCGGUAUCAACUCUGGCAUCUACUCUGGCAACUCUGCCGAGGAGGCGGUGGCUGCAGGAUGGUUCCUCAUUACGAUUGCCAACAUUGUCUGGUUGCUCUUCCUCACGACCGAGGAGGACUCGGCGCUGUACCCGAUCGUCAACAUCGCCAACGCUGGCAUCACGCCGCCUGCGGCGAGAACUAGUUCGAGGUACAGUGGAGGCGGCGGUGCAGGAAGCGGUGGUCAAUCCAUGAGGGCGGCCGGCAACGGUGGAGUUGGCACAGGUCUCGGGGGAGGAGGAUACGGCGGCGGUAACGGAAGCGCCUAUGGUGGGUUCCAGACUGGAUCGGGCUACCAGCCUGCUUACGGCAACAGUCCCUCCGCAGCGGACAUCACCACUUCCAACGGAACCGGACUGGGCGCACCCAAGAUGUCGACCACUUCGAUCCGAAGUCGCGGCGCUAACGAUACCACCGUCGCGAGCGGGGCUGCAGCUGGACUGUCGCAAGACGCGCCUAGCGUCGCCUCGCACGGCGCGCCUGCCAGUCCAGCGCAGGCGGGCAGCAAGAGCGGAGAUCUGCCCGACUACGGCUACAAAGCACGUGCGCUGUACGCCUACCAGGCGAAUGCGGACGACCCCACCGAGAUCAGCUUCAGCAAGGGUGAAGUGCUCGACAUUGUCGACAACUCGGGCAAGUGGUGGCAGGCGAGAAGGAGCAAUGGCGAGACGGGCAUUGUUCCCAGCAACUACAUGCACUUGCUUUAA